CUAACCAGCCUUUUUAUCAAAUAGUUUUCAUUUUACAACUACAGACGAUGAUUCUCGGAAUUUUAUUGAUUUUCUGUAUAACCCACUGCUAUGGUUUUAACACGUGUUCCGACUUUCAGGAAGGAUCUUGUCCUCUAAGUGAGCUAAAUAUAAUCAGCAUAGUAAAUCAAAUACAGACACCAGGACUUUGCCAGGAUGUAUGCAGAUCUAAUUCUGAUUGCAUAUUUUUCACUCAUUCUGGUGAUCAAUGUUUUUUACUACGAGGAUGUGGCUCAAUUGAGAACUGUCAGGGUUGUGUGAGUGGACCCCCAUCUCCUGAUUUUGACACAUGUCCCUGGCCUCCAGGCCCAACAACUUCUACCCCCGAAGAAACAACAACAACAACAUUAUCAUCUACAUCUAAACCAACAACAACAACAACUAUGUCUACUGAAUCUACUACGUCUACUGUAGACUGUACUGAAUUUUUCCCUGGUUACAUCUGCUCGGACAGUGAACUGGAUCAUGUUGAGCAUAUCGUAUCUCGGCUUGAAUGUCAGACCUUAUGUCAGCUAGUAUACUGUAUUUGUCAACUAAUAUGUUAUAUUUAGACCUUAUGUCAGCUA